CAAACUCUCCUCUAAAGUUUUCAUCAAUAUUUGUCUCUCCUUCUUAAGUGAACAAACAAAAUUUCAAUUCAAAAGAAAAAAAGAAAUACUGCUCGUGAAUUAUAUAGAGAGUACUUAAUUAGAGAGAAAAAAUGGAUCAAAAAUUGCCAGUGAUAGCGAAAAAGUUCUGGAAGAUAGUCCGCGUGGCUUAUUUCAUGUUGAGGAAAGGAUUAUCAUCAAAGAGGAAACUAAUGUUCGAUCUCAACUUAUUAAUGAAACGUGGUAAGAUUGCUGGCAAAGCCGCCUUCCAAAAUCUGAUGUUUCAGGGCCAUAAUAAUAUUCAUCAAUCGAUUUCAAAAGAGUAUUACGAGUUCAGCUGCAGUAACAGCCCAGCUUUCCAUCUCCCCUUCAACAUGAACAAGCGCAUUAAUAAGCAUAAUCAGCCUGAACACGACGACGUUUCAAUGAUGAACGCUGCCGUUUUGAAGGCAUUAGAAAUGCUUCAGAGCGAAACAGCAUCACCUGCUUUGCCUGGAUUCGGAAGGACUCCAACGGUGAGGCAAUUAAGGAUCACUGACUCGCCUUUCCCACUAAGAGAAGCUGAUGAUAAUGGUGACAUGAUUAGCCACGUAGACGAGAAAGCUGAUGAAUUCAUUUCUCGAUUCUACAGAGAUUUGAGAAGAGAGGCUGCAUCUGCUUUUGCUUAAUGUUUUCCUUUUUUUUUUUAAUUAGCGAAUUAAUUUGGGAGCUCUGAAUACUGUAAAUUAAUUUUUGGUUUCCAUGAUUUUCUUUCUCAUAAAUUUCUCUAAAUUAUUAAUGUGACGAUACCCGUUUGUUUCUUGCUUAA